AUGGCCGCCAGCGGGAACUCUAUCAGAACAGCCGUUGAUUUAGACAACUUAAUUAAAGAAUAUACGUAUUUUGAAAAGGUAAUGAGACACACUGCACAGGAAAACAGCCGCCUAGAGAAGGAGAUACUAUUCCUUAAUAAGCAGCUUCAGUCCAGCCAGGAGGCUGAAAAGUUGUCCAUAGAAGAAGCUGGAAAGUUCAAGGCCAUGGUAGACAAUCUUCAGAGGAUCCUUUUACAAAGAUGUGACAAAGAAGAUUUAUUGGAACACAAAACUGAACUUUCUGAAGCACUUAAGAAUCAUAAGCAAGAGAUUCAGAGGGUUAGACAAGAGGAACUUCAACAAAAUAGGAAGGUAAUCACAACACUGGAGAAGUCCCUACAAGGAAAGGAAAGUCAAAUACAGCAACUCGAGAAGCAGCUGGCUGAUAUGAGUCACUUGCACCAAACAGAAAUAGUCAAGCUUCGCUUAGAGUUUGACGAAAAAAUAUUAAAACUGCAACGUGAAAGAAAUAAUGCCAAAGCUCAGGCUGGCCAAUCGUUUAACGCCAACACCGACAUUUUCCGAAAGAAACUUCAGUUUGCCAAAGCCGAGGCACAAAAAGAAAUAAACUCCUUGAAAAGUCAAGUCGCCGAGCUGGAAAGAAAGUUAACGAUGCGCCAGAUGCCAGCCUCUAAAAGAAAAUUGUUCUGACAUAUGGAGCAUACGCCGGUGAUAUCUGCAACCGUUCCGAUCAUCGACUAGGUUAUUUUGAUAACUG